CCCCACGACAUCCGCGGGCGGGGCGGGGACAAUGUGGGCAGCCGCAGCACCGGCGGAGGCAAACGUGAGGGAGGUAGUGCGCGGCGCCCAGCCCCGCCAUGCUGACCGCGCUCGCCCGGCCAGCCCGGCCUGGGCUCCCGGCGCAGCUGCCUGCGGCCCCCGCCCGGCGUCAGGACUCCUCUGGUUCGUCAGGCUCCUACCACACGGCUCCGGGUUCUCCAGGGCCCCCGGACGUUGGGCCGGACGCAGAGUGCCGGGCGCAUUGGCCCGGGGUGGCCCCUGCGCUGGGGGCGGGCGCGCAGCCUCGCCUGUCCGUCAGCGCCCAGAAUAGCCGCCAGCAGCCCGGGCCCGGCUCGGGUUUCCCGCGAGGCCGGGGCUCCAGCCCGCGGCCGCCCCAGCCGCAGCUGCGCAUGCUGCCGUCGGGGGAGAUGGAAGUCAUCUUCGGCGCAGGGGCCCUGUUCGGCCGCUCCGACGCGGCGGAUAGCGAGGUGCAACAACUCACUGCCCGCGCCUUCCGCAGCCUCUCUCCGCCCGGGCCCGCGACUCCGGCUCCCGCAACACCGACGCCCCAGGCCCCCGACGGUGGCUCCCGCUGGGCCACUUACCUAGAGGUACGGCCCCGCGGGCCGAGUCCUGGGACCCCAGCGCAGUUCGAGUGUGUGGAGGUGGCGCUGGAGGAGCGUGAGGCUCCCGCCAGGUCCCGCACGGUGCCCAAGCGUCAGAUCGAGCUGCGCCCCCGGCCCCAGAGUCCGCCGCGGGAGGCGGGAGCACCACCGCGCCCCCGGCUGCUCCUGCGCACUGGCUCCCUGGACGAGUCGCUGGGCCGCCUGCAGGAAGCCGCUGGCCUGGUGCAGACAGCACUGGCCAGAAAACUGAGCCCUGCAGCCCCUGCCCCAAGCAGCGCCACCUUCGGGCCCACGGGGCGGCCAGAGUGUGCGAGCCGAGAAACGGCCCGCAGUACCCGAAAGGUCCCGGAGGAGGCCAGGUCUCGGCCACCGCGCGUGCACUAUGGUUCAGCACCCGCCAAGGCACCGCGGCCGUGGCCCAGCCUCCGAGAGCGCGCGAUUCGGCGCGACAAGCCCGCGCCGGGCACCGAGCCGCUGGGUCCGGUUAGUUCCAGCAUCUUCCUGCAGUCAGGGGAGAAGACUCGGGAGGCACAAAGUCAGGAACUUAAGACUCGGUCCCCGCGACAGACUCCGGAUCGAGCCAUUCUGAGAGCACAGAGUCCGCCUUUCGAGUCGAGGGGCCCUCGGGAAGUUCCGAGUAAGGCUGCGAGGCCAUGGAGCUCGUCCCCGCUGUGGCAGGCUCCAAAUGGGACCGUACGGGGUCCUCACUGCCCGUCCCCCCAGAAUCAGCAGCCCCCGUGGAAUCGGGCUAUUCGGAGGGUGAGUAGCCCGUCGUUCCCCGAAGCAUCCCGUGCAUGGGGAAAUCAGGAUCCCGCUGUCGAGGAAACUGUCAGCAGAAGAAGCCCCUCCCCACCGACUGUUUCCCAGUGGAAUCAGGGUGUCGUCGCCAGGACAAGAAGCCCGUCCCCUGAAGCUCCUUCCCUAUGGGAGGUUCCUCAACCGGCAGUUGGGAAUACCGCAGAGGGCGGUAGGAGCGCGUAUCCACCGGCCUUGUCCUCCUCGUGGGAGGCUCCAGAUCGUACUAAUGGGACGUGGAAUCCAUCUCCCCAAGACACGUGGGGUCCCACACCACAGGGCUCAUCCAUAGUAUCUACGUCUAAAGCUCUGAAUGGGAUAGGAAUGGAAGAGCUGGAGCUGCCUAGGCCGUCCACACCUGGGGCCCUGGAACUCACGGAGGCGCAAGGUCAGUCCCUGCGGGAGGUGCAGGAUCUUGCUUUCCGAGGCAGUCAGCCGUCGCCAGAGGCGGCCGCACCUGAGCUGACCCUCAGUCGCCUUGUGGGCCCUGUGGAUGCCCAUGUGCCCCGGGAAGCCUUGGGCCCCGGAGAGGCCGCCUCGGGACGGCCUCGCGUGGCCAUCCCGCGGCCCCGCGACGUACGCAAGAUGGUGAAGACCACGUACGCGCCGAGCUUCCCCGCGGGAACCGCGGCUUUGCGGCUGCCUGCGCCUCCUGUGGAAGCCCGCGCGGAGGAGGGCGGCGCGCCCAGGACGGAAGCGUUGCCGGCGCUGGCGUCGCCAGCCCCAGCGCACUACACUUCGGUUUACCUCAAAGACUUUCUUCCGGUCGUGACGCACCCCUACGAGCCCCCAGAGCCGUCCCCUGACGCAGUCCCCCGGGACGCUCCGCGGCCCAACGGGGUCCUGAGGCGGAGAGCGGAGAACAGCACGGCCAAACCCUUCGCACGCACGGAGAUCCGCCUGCCUGCGGCACUGGCCGUGGGCCGCCGGCCGGAGGGAGCCGGGGGAGUUGUGCGCGGUCCUGGCGGGGAGAACCGGGAGGCUGAGGCGCGGCGCCUGGUCCCCGACGGCGAGGGGCGAACCAGCCCCGUAGGCGGCGCGCGCGCGCCACCCCAGCCGCCGCCCACGGGCCCCGGAGGGCCCCAGCCACCCCGACCACCGUGCCCCCGCUCGCCUCAGGCGCACCCCAGCUCGAGCGCCGGGACAGCACCCAAACCGGAGACGUCUCCUGUAGCUCCCGAGCCGGCGACUGCGAUCCAGUCGUCUCUCCUGCGGGAGUCCCAGGCGUCGGCCGGCAGAACCGGCCCGCCCCAACCCCGUGCUGCCUCAGCGCCUCCGACGGACCGGCCCCUCGAAGGCCCCUUCCACGGGGCACGCAGGCCCCCAGGGACUGCGAACCCGGGGAAGGUCCUGGUGGACCCCGAGAGCGGCCGUUGCUACUUUGUGGAGGCGCCGCGGCAGCCUCGGCUGCGGCUACUCUUCGACCCCGAAAGCGGGCAAUACGUAGAGGUGCUGCUGCCGCCAUCGCCCCAGGUGCCACCACGCCGCGUCUACACCCCGCUGGCCCUGGGCUCUGGCCUCUACCCGCCCGCCUAUGGGCCUCUCCCGGGCCUCUCAGGGCCACCGUCCCUGGCCCCACCGGGCUUCAGCGGCCCCCAGGUACCCUGGGCCUCCGAGGCGGGCCCCCUGGACGGGAUGUACUACCUGCCAGUGAGUGGAACCCCCAGCCCCGCACCCCCUCUGCUCCUCUGUGCUCCGCCCAACAGUUCGAGUUCGGCCCAGCCCGGCAAGGGGUCCUUGUUCUCAGGGUGAGGCCCCAGGGCCUAUCCUGGGCAUUGGGGCCUGUUUGAUAGCCUUGGGGGUUCUGGCAUCUAGUCCCCUGCCCGUUCCUUCUAUCACCUCUUUCUUUUACCCAGCCCACCCAGUCUUCACACUGGAAGUCACCUCCAGAGGGUAUAUCGGAGACUUUGGGACUGAUGGAGCUGGAACUCAGAAAGUGGCUGCCUACUUUCUCCCCCAACAAAAUUGUAUACUCCUUUCCCAGGCAUCCCCAGAGUGUGGUGUGUUUGUGUGUUUGUGAGGAGUCUCUGGAGUUGUUCCUAGGAACUGACUUGAGGGGGUGUCGGAGUUCACCAGGAGCAACAAGAAAUAGGAUCAGCAGAGGGCGGAUGUGUCCCUCCCUGAAGGUGGAUCCAGCUGCGGUGGAGUAGGCUAGUGGGCGCUGGUGCGAUGGAGGGAGGACUGUGGCUAGCAACUCUUGUUCUUUGGAAGAGGAUCUGAGCCUUGGCCUGGGAGGUCGUGUGGGAAAGGCUAGUGCAGCCCCUGGGUCAGGCUGGAUCUGAGGAAGGGAGCUGUGGGGACGGCAGGUGGAGGUAGAGCAGGGAAGUUAUAUGGAAGGGGCUAUGGAGGGUCAGCCUGGAGAUGGGGAUUGGGUAGGGAGGCAGCUAUAGUCUCCAGCUGGGAGCCCCACUUCUCAUCCUCCCCUCAACCUCAGCAUCUGACUUGGCUUCUCAAAGUCAUCAGAGCUGAGCUGGCUCAUCCUGGGGCCAGGAGUGGAGGUUUAAGCCAUUCCCACCCAAGUUGGGGGCCAGAUGCAGUGACUCAUCAGAAAGGACUUACAAACAGGGAGGAUGUUUCAGCCUCUUGACCCCUCUGGGAGUAGUGGAGGGUGGGUUAGGGCUGCCAGUAAAAGGGAUGCCAUGGGGGUGGGGAGCAGGGCAGGGAGACUUGGAGCCCUCUGCUGAUUGCACUCCCUCAGUAACAGAUGUGGCAACCAUGCCCAGAGAGGGCCUGGCUCGGCAGACUGGUCACAGCAAGGAGGGAACAGGACCCAGAGCCUGUGUGCUAAUUGCCUUGAGAUAGGAGCGUCUGAGGAGGGCUGAGAGAGAUGCAUGGGGUAGGACAUGUGAGUCUGUGUGUAGUUCUGAGCUUGAAGUGUCAGGGCUUUGUUGACUGAUAUGUGAUAAGAUGAGUUUGGGGAAGAACAGUUCCCAUUAGGAGCAGUUGUUAGGGAUGGAGAUUGAUGCCUUACUUAAAUUCCAGGCCCCUAGGCGGUCUGGGUCCCUUGAAGUCCCAGACUCCCUGCCUUCAGCUGAAAGUUGACUGGGAGAGCUAUGAGUCAGAAUAACCUGAACAACUUCUCAUGGCCAGGGAUGCUGGUUCUGAUGGCAUGGAGGGCCCUGGUCCCCUCACCUCAUCCUGGUGUGCAAUAAAUCACUGAUCCAAUGAGCCACGA